CCUCUCCCAUCUGUGUGUUGCAGGGAUGUGUCAACUCGAGGACGUGGCGAUCAAGGAGCUGCUGGUGCCCUCACAUGCUCCUCGCUUCACCAACGUCAACCUCACCUGCCGAUACGAGAGCGCGCGAGAACCGCUCAUCAUCAAAUGGUCCCACAAUAACCUGGAGUUCCUAAAGUAUCAGGUGAACUCGGACGAGCCCAUGACGAUCUUUGAGGACAGUGCAGUUCAAGUGAUUCGAGAACAGUCGAACGGAGAGACAGUGGUCCUCCAUGAAGUGGAUUUGGCUGCUUCCGGCAGCUACACAUGCACUGUCAUCGGAGAGGCGCCAAAGUUCCACCAGGUUACGAUGACGAAAAACAUGACUGUCGUUGUGGUUCCCGAUAAGCAGCCCAGAAUUGAGGGCGCUGUGCCGGACCAUUAUGCCGUCGGGGACACUGUCAACCUCACCUGCACCGCCGCGCCCUCCAUCCCCGCCGCCAGCCUUGCGUGGUACAUCAACGACAAGGAGGCUGAUGAUGAAUACCUGGAAUACCUGCCAGAGAAGACCGAAGAUGGCCUUUAUGUCUCAAGGUUGCAUCUGAACUUUGAGUUGGCCAAGGAGGAUUUCAUCAAGGGCGAACUGACAUUAAAGUGUGAAGCCUCCAUCGCCAUGCUCUACCUUGCCUCCGACGAGCACAGCCAGCAGGAGCCUCCCGCAACGAACAAGGAAGAGCAGAAUCUUCCCGAGCAAAUAACUCUCACUACUGAGACUGCAGGAAGUGCCUCAGUUCUGGGCGGCCUCUCUAACAGUGUGGUUCUGCCCGUGAUGCUCCUUGUCUGUGUUCUCCGGCACUAGAGGAGAUGAACCAAGAUCACCAACCGGCAGAGGUGGUACCGCCGGCCCAGCUGAUAGUGGGAGCAGUUUAAGAGGUGCAUCGCCAUCCCAGAAAGAUGUAGAUGAAAGGUGAAGGCUCUGUUGUAUUUGUAGAAACUUCUUUGAUUGUGUACUGCAAGUUUUGUAAGAUAAUUAUUUUCCUUUUCUAGUACAGCUCAGGUCCUGCUUGUCCUAGUGUCGUGUGAUGGAUUCAAACGUUUAUUUAGCGUAACGUUAGUGCCGCAGUGCGUUUCUGAAAUGGUAAAUUAUUGGAGGUUUUAUAAACGCAUCUACACGAACUCCCUCUUGCAGAACUCAUUAUUGCUUUGUAAGUACAGGCCACAGUGAAUGGUAGGUUGCAGGAAAGUGGAAUAUAUAUGUAAAUUUUGAGCUAGUUGUGAGGUUUCUUGUGAAUAUUUCUGUGAGCACUACUACUGUAUAUUGUAUUGCAGUCUGAGGACCAAAUCCUUCACUCUAUUUUUCGUGAUACAAGUCAAGGCAUUUUGAUCUGCAUUUCCAUGUUUUAUUUUCUAUUAUCUUUCUUUUUGUCUGGUCACAUUUGUAUAUUUUGCUUGUGAAUUGAUACAUGGGACUCCUACACUUGUUUUGAUUUUGUAGCGUUCGAAUUUGCAUUUUGAUAAAAGUGCAAAAUAAAAAAUCUUAUGUUUGAAACUAAGUUUGUAUGAGAUUGGGUGCUUCUGGCACAUGUGAUAAUGUAGUGUAUAAUUUGAGCAACAAGCCAUUCUGUAUCUGAGUUGGGCAGUGUUUGGGCACCUGUCCUGUCUGCAUAGAACAUGUUUAGUUUGGUAAGAACACUGGGUGCAGGAUGUCAUCAGAUGCCAUUAUGAAUUUAAGUUCUGAUUGUAAAUAUUUAUAUCUUAGACAAAAUUAUCAUAUCUUGUCUGCACCGUGAAUUUUCUUGGGCAUAAGGAGCCUUGGACGCAGACCCCCUUCAGGUUUCCGAUGUAGUCUUUGCUGAGUAGAGGUCAGGCCUCCCUAAUACCUGACUGUCCUUGUGAUGUGCUGAUGUCUAAACCUCACUGAUUGUGUUUCCGGGAAGGUACAGAGUCGCUAACAGAUGAUAUAUUAGUUGUAACUUUAUAUACUUUGAUUUUACUUCCCAUUGGGAGUGAUGCUAUUGUCUGUGACUGUGUAUAUAUGUCUUUCCUGAAACAAGAAAAAAGGAGCAGUUGCUUGAGCGUUACCAUAAAUUGCAGCAUGUAACGGAACCACCACAGCUUCAGUUUCUUGCAUUCUAAGUAUAAAGUAACUCAGUCAUUUGCUAAGGACACACACAAAGUUACCAGAUUGUUGUACUUGGCGUAUUGUUUUUGCCGAUUUCUGACCCAAACUAUCGCACCCACAAAGAUAACGAUAUGUAUUUAUAAUUAUUGUUAAAAUUGGUAAUUAUUGAUGCUCUCUUUUGCAAUAUUUAUGGGCCAGAAACCGGAAAAUACAAUGUUAUGCGUACGAUAAUCUGGUAACAUUGGACACACAUUUCCACAGUACCAUUACCACAAGGAUGAAAAAAAAGACAUUCCAGUUAUGCCAAAAACCACAAGUAUCAUUGAAUAUAUUAACAUGAAUUAUUGAUGCAUACUUUUAUUUUUUACAGUAGAGGAAACAGUUCAAGGGCAAAAAAAAAAAGGAAACAAUAAUGAAAAAAAAGCCCUCUACUCACUGGUCCUACAAAAGAGUCAAGAGAAGUGGCUGAAAGAUAGUUAAGAAGUGUGAGAAAGCUAGUUUUUCCUUUUAGUUCACCCGUCAUUCCUCAAGUUAACACCUAUUAUUAUAUAUGACAAGUGUGCAAGUACCUUAUUUUCAAGGGUCACACUUCUACACUAGCCCAGGCAGCCUACACAUGGUGGCUCCUGAGGACAGAUUAUCCACCCAUAUCCUACCCCAUCCAUCAGUCAGGUAGUCAGUCUAAGCUUUAUUUAUAACCCUGAAUGGUGUUUGCAUUAAUUAUCUAUCUACUUAAUUUGUUCUAUUCAUCAAACCAGAUUUUUUUUUUUAUCUUCACCCAAAUUUUAUCCACCUAAGUGAAGUUCUCUGUAUGGUGUGAAGUUGUUCUUAAAUUUGGCACAGUCAAUUAACUUAUGUCGGUUUACAUGCUGCAAUUUGUGGUACUCAACGUCUUCAGGCUUCAUAUUAAUCCACGCCAUAAUGGUUGUUCUCCCGAGGAACAGCGUAGCGUGUGUGCAGGACUGGCGAGUCAGUGUGGACGAGCAGAGUGUUGGCAAGCACAAACUGGAAUAAAGAUGCUGUCUGUAUCCUGGAAAACAUUACUAUGGGCCACUCCUAGGAUCGUAAAAGAUGUAUAUAUUGUUUCUAUAUUUUUUUUUCUCAAGCUCGACUCUACAAAUCACAUUUAUUCUCUUCUAAAAACAUUAUUUUCGUAUAUAAUUACCGUAGAAUUAAUUGAAUGUAUUAAGAAAAACUGCUACGCUGUCAGAUGGUUUGUGGAGCUGAGUUUCCUCGAGACUUAAGAUAUGGAUUAAGCCUCCUUGAUAGGGUUCAUGUCAUACGUGUAAAUAAUGCAGCCUUUCGGAUCAUACGCCUGUGUCAGUAACGAAGGGCUUUUGGAUGUAUUUUCUAUAGCAUUGCCGGUGUCCUAUAGAUUGUAAUGCAUAAAGAAUCUCUGUUCACGUGUUAGGAGAACAUUCGUGGUAACAUUUAUUACUCUUUAGUUGAAUGUCUUCACCUCAAGCAACUCCAGGACAUUACUUUUCUAUUCCAAUUCUUGUUUUCCUUUUCUGAGGUCGUCUCCGAGGCUCAUAAGUGGGUAGCAAAAUGAAGCUUUCUGUUCUGUUUCCGUUCACCUCAAGCACGUCCAGGACAUUACUUUUCUACUUCAUUCGUUGUUCUUCAUUUCUGAGGUCGUGUCUGAGGCUCAUAAGUGGGUAGCAAAAUGAAGCUUUCUGUUCUGUUUCCAUUCACCUCAAGCACGUCCAGGACAUUACUUUUCUACUUCAUUCGUUGUUCUUCAUUUCUGAGGUCGUGUCUGAGGCUCAUAAGUGGGUAGCAAAAUGAAGCUUUCUGUUUUGUAUCCCGUUUCCGAGGAAGUGCGUCUUCACCUCAGGCACCUUCAGGAGAUUACUUUUCUAUUUCAAUUGUUGUUUUUCUUUUCUGAGGUCUUUUCCGAGGCUCAUAAGUGGUUAGCAAAUUCAAGCUUUCUGUUUUGUUUCCCAUUUCCAAGGAAGUGCUCUCCCUUUUCUUUCUUUCUUUAUGUACAGUAGAGGAGAUGUGUGAUUUUGUUGGUGCUGUUGGCUAACCUAGCAUUUCAGAGGUGUACAUUUCCUGAAACACUUUUUUCAGUACUGCUGCAAAGCUGUGUGUGUGCCUACUAGCACUUAACCAUUGGAGUGUGAAUACUGGCUGCUCUACCAUAACACAAUAUCACCAUUUUUGUAUAAUUGCUUGAGAAUCUCGCCAUUACAUUCCUGAAUUUCCUUGGUAUAUGACGAUGUAUGUAUUCACGUCUUUGAUGCAGAGUAGAGUUUACCUUUUCUUCUGCAAGUGAUUGUCGAUUCAGGAUAUUAAAUUCUCUGUAGAUUUGCCAGCGCAGUGACAGAGAUACCACAGAUCCAAGAACACACACACACACACACAAAAACAAACACUCACACAC